AACCAUGUCAAAAGAUAACCAACUAUCCGUUGCAUUUGUGUGCACCGGCAACAUAUGUCGGUCACCCAUGGCUGAAGCGUUGUUCAAACACAAGGUGAAACAGCUGGGAUUGGAAUCCCACUUCAAGCUAAUCGACUCCUUUGGAAUCAGUUCCUGGCACCAAGGAGACUCCCCCGACUCCCGGUCGGCCAGCACCUGUCGCAAGCACGGCGUGCCAAUGCACCACCGGGCCCAAGGAAUUGAGCGGUCCGACUUUCAAAGAUUUGACUACUUAUUAGCUAUGGACCAGGGCCAUAAGAGCGAGUUGAUGUUUAUGAAGCCCAAGAAUUGCACCACCAGAAUUGAGCUUUUCGGGGAAUGGCGGACCGAUGAUUCGGUCGACAAGAUCGUGGUGGAUCCAUACUACAGUAACAGCAAGGCUUUUGAACACAAUUUCCAGCAAUUGAGCCACUUCACCGAUGUUUUUUUGGACCAGGAAGUGCAGAGAUCGGAUUAAACAAUUUUUGUGGUGUGGUCUGUAGACGGGAGUGGCACACGGCCAUAGACCCCCAUUCGGUGUAUAGAGUAGAAUAUAAUUGAUCUAACUGCCUCGCAACCAGCAGCAGUACAUUUC